AUGGGAAUCAUGUCGCAAAUUAUCCCUGUUCCUUCUGUCCCCGCGAGUGGGAUCAUUCAAAAAUCCUCAGUCUUUCUGCGUUUCCUGGCAGUUGCAUGGUGUGCGUGCUUCGCGUCAUAUCCGAAUCGGACCCUCUCAACUGUUUUAGUAUGCGAAGCAGCUUCGGUCGUGAAUGGAGUAGGCCAGGCCGGAACAGGUGGAGACUUUCUGGUGGAACAAGUGGAAUACGGUGCCAAUGGAGUACAAAAGAUUGCUUCGGAGGCUACCCAUUCACAAAUGGCAAACGAUGGACCCAAGAAAAGCAUGAAGGCGGAGCGACGUCACUGGCUGAGCGUGAAUUCUGGUCAAGCAAGAUCUAAACAACAGCAGCGUCGGCAACCCUCCCCAAGUGUUUCAAUUAAUCAGCACAGGAGCAUGCAAGAAGAGAAAACGACUCUGCCAAUCCGGAGCUACACUUACGGAAACAUUCACCAAACCGCAUAUUACUUUGCCGACGUAAUUGUCGGAACCCCAGCAAAGCAGCGCCAGAGUCUCAUUCUCGAUACAGGCUCCUCCGUCCUCGCCUUUCCUUGCACGUCAUGCAAGUCUUGCGGCAGGCACAUGGACCCUCCCUUUGACUGCUCAUCCAGUUCCACGUGUCAGAGCCUCCCCUGCAGUUCGACCUGCACUCACUGCGACGCCAAGCAGAAGAGGUGCGCAUAUCGGGUGUCCUACAUGGAGGGCAGCAGCCUUCAGGGGUUUUGGCAUGAAGACAGAUUCAGGCUUCUAGCGCAGCCUCGGACAACAAACUUUGGCUGCCAUGUACAAGAGACAGAGCUUUUUGUGGACCAGAAGGCAAGCGGAAUUUGGGGUCUCGAGAUCUGGAGUCAAUUUGGACCGGACACGUACAUGACCCGCACGCUAUUGAAUUCAAAUAAAAGUAGCGCUGUUGCUCCCUCAACCCUACCUGAAGGAAUGAGCUCCUUUGCGCUCUGCCUCGCCGAGCAUGGCGGUGCAUUUUCAAUAGGAGAUGCAAAUGGAGAGCUCCAUACGUCCGAUACUGUGUUACUCGACUCAGGGACGACAAUGAGUUAUUUCCCCACGCGCAUCUAUGAAGAGCUUGUAAAUGCUAUAGAGGAUUUAAGUGUUGACGACGAAGUCGCUUACGAGCUUCUGCCGCCCUCAGCUUCACCAAGGCAGUCCCAGGCGGUCAAGGUGGAAAGCACAGCUGGUGAACUGUGCUUCUAUUUGCCCAAGGGGCGUGCCGACCUCUCAUACUUUCCUGAUAUUUGGCUCCAUUUUCAGCCGGCCUCCGGAUGGGUACGCUGGCAACCGGCAAGUUACUUGUACACCAAGGGCAACGAGCACUAUCGGUGCGUGGCGAUGAGUGACGACCCGCGCGCUGACAGCUCCGGUGUCUUGGGCAGCAGCUUCUUCAUUGGCCACGACCUCAUAUUCGAUGUACGCAACGAAAUGAUAGGUAUAGCUGAGGCAAGAUGCCCAGGAAUCAAGCUAAAGGACCGGCCCAAAGAGUUGCCGCUGUAA